CUCACUCCUCACUCCUCACUCAAUUCCCUCUGAACGCACGCCCUCAAAAGCAAACCCCUUUUUCAGACAGUAGUCAACAUGGCUUCCAGCGAUCAUCAUGACCAUGACCAUCAUCAUGACCAUGACCAUACCCAUGCCCAUGAUGACAAAUCGACAACAUCAUGGGUGGGAGCUGAUGGGAAGGUUUACCAUAGCCAUGAUGGACUGGCGCCGCACUCACAUGAACCCAUUUACUCGCCUGGAUACUUCACCAGAAGAGCUCCGCCGCUUAUCAACAGGGAUUUCAAUGAGAGAGCUUUCACUGUUGGUAUUGGUGGCCCUGUUGGUACUGGGAAAACGGCUUUAAUGCUGGCACUGUGCACAUUCUUGCGAGACAAGUACAGUCUUGCUGCUGUGACAAAUGACAUAUUCACAAAAGAGGAUGGUGAGUUCUUGGUGAAACAUGGGGCACUUCCCGAGGAAAGGAUACGUGCUGUAGAAACAGGAGGUUGCCCGCAUGCUGCUAUCCGUGAAGACAUCAGCAUCAAUCUCGGUCCUCUUGAGGAGCUUUCUAACUUGUACAAAACAGAUUUACUUCUUUGUGAAUCCGGAGGAGAUAAUUUAGCUGCCAACUUCAGCAGAGAACUAGCUGACUAUAUUAUCUAUAUAAUAGAUGUAUCCGGUGGUGAUAAGAUCCCUCGGAAGGGUGGCCCUGGCAUAACCCAAGCUGAUCUCCUGGUGAUAAACAAGACUGACCUCGCACCUGCAGUCGGAGCAGAUUUGGGAGUCAUGGAACGCGAUGCGCUUCGCAUGCGAGAUGGAGGACCCUUCGUAUUUGCUCAGGUGAAGCACGGGCAUGGUGUGGAGGAAAUAGUAAACCACGUAUUACAAGCUUGGGAAGCAGCGACCGGAAAGAAUCGCAAAUGAACUUCCGUUUGAAGAACCUGUCAAGUUCAUACAUUGUAUUUCUAGUUAUGUCAUGAAUUUACUAUCAAUAAGCUUUGCCUUUCAUCAGUGAAAAGAGGUCAGUACACGUAAAUGAAAACUUUGAAGGAGGAUUAGUUUUAGUUUCUUGUUAAAAGAUAUGGUUGUUGAAGUUGCACCAUCUUUA